CAAGAGUGAGGUUAUAAAUCUCAGACAAGUUAAAACAACAUGGAUGUUGUGAAAGAUGUUUUAGAAAAAUCGGCAAAAGAGGCCGAUAAAUAUAAAUCGGUGGAAGUAAAUAAGUUGAUUGACAUAGAUGUAGGUGCCUUAUUAGCUAUAGAUUCGAAUCCGCUUGAUUCCAAAGCUCUGAGAAGUAGCCCCAACGACUACUUGUUAAAAUUAACGAGGGACAAUGUACAGUUGAUGUAUAAUCAGAUUUGGGAAUUACCGACGGAAAGGAUAGAAGAAGCCAUUGUGGUGAAACUCCCAAAACCAAAAUAUUCAUUACCACGCGCCAAACCUGUACCCAAGCCACGAUCACUAACAAAGUGGGAACAGUUCGCUAAAGCGAAGGGUAUCGUCAAGAAAAAGAGGACGAAACUAACCUGGGAUGACCAGCUGAAAAAAUGGAUACCUUUAUAUGGUUUCAAGCGUGCUGCAGCACAAAAGGAAAAAGACUGGGUGUUAGAAGUACCCCAGAACGCGAACCCCAUGGAAGAUCAAUUUGCGAAAAAGGUUGAAGCUAAAAGUGAAAGAGUGGCGAAAAACGAACUGCAAAGGCUGCACAACAUUGCUAAGGCCAAGCACGUCAAAAUACCUCGGUUUGGACUCACGAAUCCCGAUGUGUCGUCAGCAAAAGAGCUGCAAGCUGCAGUCACAGUGGCUAAAUCAUCAACGGCUAGUCUGGGUAAGUUUCAAGAGAAACUCCCGAAGGAAAAAGAAGCGAGAGGAGUGGGUGCUAUCACACCAGGUGCGACGAGGAAGCGGAAGUUGCCACCUGUGUCUGGGUCAGAUGAGAAAACGCAAAAUCUAAACAUUGUCGAGACAGUUUUGAACAAGCGCCCAAAAAUUGAUAUGGAAAAGGCAGUGGCAAGGCAUAUGAACGAUGAACAAUUGCAACGAUCCGAGGAGAAAAAAGGAGAACGACCUAAGCGGCUGCGAAAAUCCCACGGCAGCAGCACGGGUGGUGGUGGCAGAAAGAAACCUAAAAACUCAAACCGACCAAGAAAAGGCAAGAUGGCGGGAGGCAGGAAACGACGUUAAUUUAGUUUUCUCUAAUUUUACAGUGUUAUAUAGUCUAGAGUUAAGAGUUUAUUUUUACCUUUUCAUCUAACGGUGACACACCAAGAAGAUCUUCUCCCUGGACAGCCUUGUGGAGAACUUGUAAGAAGUACUUGAAGAAACUGUUUCUGUUUUUUUUUAUUGUAACGUCAGUAGCUUUUAAUGAACGCAACUUCAAAACCCAUUUUUUACAAAUUUCCUUAUCUAAAAAAAGGGUAUAUGUAUAUAUUGCUCACAUGGUACUAUGUAAAUCUCUACUGUAAUCCGCCAACCACACCUGUACAUACGGAAGACCAUUCUUCUCAUUAUUAGUUUAAUGGGUUAAAGGAUGUAUCACGUUAAGAAUGUGUUAUGUCAUUAAUUCUUAACAAUAAUAUAAUAUUAUUGUUAUUGAAUACCAAUGUGAUGUUCUGAUGGCGUUCCAAUAAAUUUUUAAAGUUU